UCUCUCUCUCCAUUGCUUCUUACUUCUUCUUCUUCUUCUUGGAUUCCAAAUUCCCUGCGAACGUCAAUUUCUUUGCAGUUAAUCCGUUUCGCUGGGUAGCGGAGUGUGGAAUCCGAAGUCUCUGGUCCCGGUCCGAUUUUUCGUUUGGAAUCAGCACCUGACGCUCUGUGGACUUAAUUCUGAUUCUUUUGAAAGGGGAAUAUUUCUGAUCUUGUGGAAAUGGCUGUUCAGCAGAAUGUAACUUCAAAUCUCUCUGUUACGUCUUGUAACUACCGCUCUGAUGGCGCUGCAUGGUCUGAAAUGGUGGUCCAGAAGGAGGAGACAGGUUCCUUUGGAAAUUACAAUGCACUUAAGGUAAGGAAGCCCUACACCAUUGUAAAACAAAGAGAAAAAUGGACAGAGGAAGAGCACCAGAAGUUUAUUGAAGCCUUAAGGCUGUAUGGUCGUGGUUGGCGUCAAAUCGAAGCACAUGUAGGCUCCAAAACUGCAGUUCAGAUUCGAAGUCAUGCUCAAAAAUUCUUCUCUAAGGUGGUCCGGGCAUCCAGUAGCAGCAUUGAAAACUCCAUUGAACCAGUUGAGAUUCCUCCUCCACGGCCAAAGAAGAAACCCUCGCAUCCUUAUCCUCGUAAAUCGCUUGAUUCUCCUAAUGGAAUAUCAUUAACAAAUCAAACUGAAAGGUCUCCAUUGCCAAAUUUAUUGGUGGCCAAGAAAGGCGCCAAAUCUCCCACUUCAGUUCUAUCAGCAGCUGGGUCAGAUUCAUUGGAGUCUGCAGCUUCAGAGCAGCAGAUUGCAUGUUCUUCACCUACUUCAUGCGAAACUGACAUGCAAUCAAUCAGCUUUUCACCUGUUGAGAAAGAGAAAGCACACAUGACAUCCAAUUCCACUGUUCAAGAAGAGAAAGGAUCAUUUUCCUCCACUCCAGAGGGCUUUCCAUCCACGAAAUUUGACUUCGCUUCCAAGGGCACUCUAAGUACUAAAGGAGAUGAAGCCACGGGAGAGCCAGUCACAAGUUUCAAACUUUUUGGAAGGACAGUUGUGGUUACAGAUUCCCGGAAACCAUGUUAUCCAGGGACAGGGAACACUGAGUCGCUGAUAUCUAAUAUCCUCGUAGAGAAUUCUGCAGUUGAUAAAGAGGACUUUGUUAAAAGAUUACCAUCAGACCAAUUAGAUGCGCAUUUAUCGCUCGAAAUCGAUAAUUGUAAAUCGAAGUUAUUGCCGUGUCAAGCCCCAGUUAAAAGUGUGGAACAUCUGAAAGAGAACACCAACUCUAUAGAAGCCAAUCCUUGUGUUUCUCUGCCAUGGUGGUCUUUGUACCAAGGCCAGCCAUUUUGUUACUUCCCCUCAUAUAGCCAAACCUCGGUUCAAGUACCUACAGAUUCUUAUGUGGAAGUAGAUACGAUGGAGGGGGAGGUUAUGAAGGAAAGAUCUUGUACCAGUUCGAACUCUGCAUCAGUGAGUGAAGUGGAAAACGGAGAGAAGAAUUCAGAUGCUAUGGAUUCUGAGUCUCAAAAACCUCUUCGUAAGGGAAGGAUUAGUCCCUGCAAUUCUAUGAGGGGGUUUGUGCCUUACAAAAGAUGUCUAGCAGAGAGAGAUACAAACUCAUCAGUGGUUGAUAUGGACGAGAGGGAGAGACAAAGAGCUCGAGUUUGUUCAUAGUUCCCUACCUGCAAUUCCAUCCAUGUAGCUCUAUGUCCUUUGUAUGUAGAGUGAGUUGUUCUGUAUCUAAUUUUGCUGUUUCUCCACAAGAGCUCCCUUCAAGUCACCAUGUAUUUUGCUCCAAAAAAGAUGUAGCAUGAUUUUGGUAGCUUCAUGUGCUGGUGGAUUCAACAAUUGGAUGAACGAGUGAUAAAGACAGUGAGUCAAUCAUAUCUACAGCUACUUGAAGUCUCAUCUAAUUGUUCUUUUCGACCUUUCUCUGUUGAUACUCUGUAAUAUUUGUGUCUGUAUUCAUUCUUUUUAAACUUAAUGUUUAAGAAUAAUUAUAUACUGGAACUCAUAAAGUUGACGAGUUGUAAUUGUGGAGUGCUGUAACAAUAGCAUGUUGCGUAGUGCUUAGCUAGUUUGAUCAAA